AUGGACUUCAAGGCUGAAAAGGACAAGGUGAAGGAUCUCUUCGGUGGAAGCAGUGCUUGGGAUGUCGAGAAGUGGUCUGCCUCUGAUGAUAGAGUACGGGGCGGUAAAAGCCAAUCGUACCUCGAGAUUGACGACAACAAGGCCGCCCGCUUUCAUGGCAACCUAGACAUCAAGACACUGGGUGGAGCUGGCUUCGCCUCGCAGAAGUCCACCGUGGAUCUAGACCUCUCAGACUUUGUCGCUGUCAGGCUGAACAUUGCCAAGGGCGACAAGAAACGCUACACUUUCAUCCUCAAAGAUAAGCUACUUCCCAAGAAUGAAGACAACGGCCGCGAACAAGCGACCAUUUCGUACGAAGCAGACUUUACCUUGCCGUCUGAGAUCCUGCCCGGCGAUGCACAUAACCGAUCAGUGAUCAUACCAUUCGACAGCCUCAAUGCAACCUACCGCGGUAAGCUUCAGAAGGAUGCGCCGAAAAUCGACACGAAGAACAUCAAGCAGAUCAGCUUGAUGAAUCGGAGCUUCUUCGGUACUCAAGAAGGCGACUUCUCCUUGACGGUCUCCUCAAUCACUGCCAUCUCGAAGAUGCCUAAGCAAUCCGAGACUGUGGCUUCAAAGAAGGACGGACGACAGCUCGAAGAGCAAGCUGUCGAGUCCGACAAGGUCGGAAGCCAGGUGACCCUCAUAUGA